AUGGAUGAUUUAGGAGAGGAAGAGAGAUUUAUACAUGUCAUGAUUGUUGAAUCUAAUAUUAAUGGAUGUAUGGUGUUGUUUCAAUGUUUGAAAUCAACGUUAGGACCAUUCGGUAGUGAUAAAUUGAUUGUAGAUGAUGACGGCAGUUAUUUGACAUCAAACGACGGUGCUACUAUACUGAGGUAUCUCGAAAUAGAUCAUCCUGCUGCGCGUCUACUCAUUUCCUGUGCGAAAUCUCAGGAUGAUACAGUUGGCGAUGGUACCACAAGCGUCGUCCUACUCACUUGUCUCCUAUUAAAGAAUGCUCUUUCCUAUUUGAAACAGUCGAUACAUCCUCAAUCCAUCCAAAUUGGUUAUAAUAUAGGAUUGGAUGUAGCAUUAUCACUUAUUGAUGAAAUAGAAAUUGGAUUCGAUGUUGAGAAAAUAAAUAGUUACCAACACCACCAUCAACAACAACGUAUUCUCUAUGAUGUAGCAUCGACCUCGAUCUCCUCAAAGAUACUGGCGAGACAUAAAGAUCACUUUGCUCGGUUGGGUGUCGAAUCGAUUCUAAAGCUUGGCGGAAAUAGAAAUCAGGAGCGUAUAAAGAUCAUCAGUAUUACUGGUGGGUCAAUGUUGGAUUCUCAUUUGAUUGAUGGUGUAAUGUUGAAAUAUGAUUCCCAGCGAAACAGACAGAGAAACUACAAUUUCCAUUCGAAAACAGGAAACAACACUUUUAAUAUAAUCGUUGGUAAACUACAACUACAGAGUGUACAGUCCGACCUACAUUUUGUCAAGCUGAAAGCGAAUCUUCAGGAAUCAAACACCACAUUGCACUCAAAGAAAAUCCAAGAACAAGAUCAACUCCUCUAUAGAAAUAAGAUUGACAUUCUUUUAAAUUUGAAUGUUCACGUUGUCAUUAGUGAUACUGAUAUACCUCAAUACCUUGAAAAUUUAUUUUUGGAAAACAAUAUAGAAUAUUUUUGUAUUGAUGAUUCGAGAGAGUUGGAAAGAAUUUCAUUUGUUUUGGGAACAAAGUUUGUCAAUGAUAUCAGCACUUCUCUCAAUAUGGAAAUGAUUUCCAAAGCAACCAAUAUAGAAAGAGUUUCUAUUGGUGAUUCAAUAUUUUUAAAAAUAUCUGGUAUUAAGAAUUGUGAUGCUGCAACAGUUGUAUUGAGAUCACCAACCGAUACAAUGUCCGAGGAAUGUAUUCGAUCGUUUAAAGAUAUGUUGAAUAUCCUUAGUAGUUUCAUACAUAAUCCUUAUUACAUUGGCGGUGGUGGAUGUGCCUAUUUGUACAUAGCUAACAAGAUAAGAGCGAAAUCCAAAGCUACCGAUAAUGUAAAACUUCAGUUUGCACUCAAUGCAUUUGCAGAUUCACUUGAAUCAAUACCUUUAAUAUUAAUUCAAAAUGCUGGAUUUGAUGGUAUUGCUUUAUUAUCUAAAUUGAAAUCAAUUCAUGAACAAACAAAUGACGAGAAUAAUAAUAAUAAUUUAUGGAAAGGAGUUAAUUUGGAAACAGGUGAAAUUGUUGAUAUGUUAAAUGAUAUCAAUGUUAAGGAACCUUCAUUCCUUUUGCGAAAUAUCCUCAAACUGGCAACCAGAGCUGCACAAAUGAUUUUGCGAAUUAAUAAUAAUAUUUUAAUUGAACCAAAAGUUGCUUUUAAACCUCCUACUUCUUAA